UGAAGAAUACAUAACCGGAAAUCAAGCGGACGUACAUAAACACCGUCCACCAAACUUCCGUCGGCGUCUUUUUGACGUGAGUCCCGUUUAAAAGGAAAUAUUAAUAAUGACAGGCGAAGUGAAAGGAAAAUUAGGGUUUUAUGGGUGUAAAUGCUUCACAACUAACAAUAUUUUCCUGGAGGAAUACAAUCUGCACGUCCGCUUUUUGACCGAGCAACAAUUCAGACAGGACUACAGAGCAAUACUUUUAAGACUCGGUUGUGACUCCGACCAAAAGUUUAAGGACGUCCUUAACAAGAUUUCCCAGGAAGUCGACAGACGAAAACAUUUAGACGAAGCAUCCGCUGAUAGAGCUGCCGCCAUCAGAUGUACAUACCGGCCGCUUCAUCCUCAUGUCUACCAUCUGGAGGAGUCUCACCUCGCUCCACAGUUCAAGAAGAUUGUUGAGUACUGUGGAAACGUCGAAGCCAGUAAAGAGGGCCUCUUGAAACUUUUGGAGGAAGAGGCAGCAAGGGUGUACCGUUUUCCUGUGUUUGAAAGAGACUUCUGCAGAGAGCUUGUGGAGGAGCUGGAUCAUUUUGAACAGUCUCCAGCCCCUAAAGGAAGACCCAAUACCAUGAACAACAGUGGGAUCCUCCUGGAUGAGCUCGGCUUUGACGAGGCUUUCGUCACACCGCUCCGUGAGCAGUAUUUGCUUCCGCUCACCUCGUUGCUGUACCCCGACUGUGGGGGCCGUUGUCUGGACAGCCACAAGGCCUUUGUGGUCAAAUAUGACAUGAAUGAAGACUUGGAGCUGAGCUACCAUUAUGACAACGCAGAGGUCACGCUUAAUGUUUCCAUCGGCAAGGACUUCACCGAGGGCAACCUUUAUUUUGGUGAUAUGAGACAGGAUCCAGUUAGUGAGACUCGGCUCACAGAGGCUGAACACAGGAUCACCGAAGGCCUCCUCCACCGGGGCCAGCACAUGCACGGCGCAUUGCCCAUCUCUCAUGGCCAGCGCUGGAACCUCAUCAUCUGGAUGAGGGCCUCACAGGAGCGCAACAAGCUGUGUCCCAUGUGCAACAGCAAGCCGUCUCUGGUGGAGGGACGAGGCUUCGCUGAUGGCUUCACCAAAGCCGGCGAAGCACCAGCGAACUCGCAGUUUAUGUCCCAGUGAGCACAUCCGCCUGCUGCUGGACUUUAGGAAGCUUUCAUCUUUUACAUAAUCUCCUAUUUUAAAAUAGGAAUAUUUCCUGUUUAUUUUGAAGCCACAAAUGAUUGUUUUUCAAUUGGAAGUGUUACACAUUCAGUCAAGUUUCCCUAUUUUAUGACAGUUCUUGAACUAAUCAGUAAGAUCAGGAUCAAUAAAGGAUCUCUGUUGUUCUCCAGUGUUCAGUUCACCACCACCUCACAGCACCCUAGAAGUGAUCACAUGUUCACAAGUCUACAUACUCAUUAAUAUCAAAGUGUCAGUGUUAAUAUUGUUGGAAAAUAGGUUUUUGUUGGCCUUCUGGAAACUAAAGUAUCUGUAUUUUGUCACUCCAGAGUAUAAGUCGCAGCAG